GAAAACUUAAGGCGGUAAUAGAUCACUCCUCUCUAUAUGAUGGUAUAUAAAGCAGUAGCAUAAAAAUACUGAAGUAUUUGAGUUCAGACUAACUGCAGUCAUGCUGAGAUUCUUUUUGCUGAGCGUCGUGGUGGCCCUGGCUCUGGCCGAAGAGAGGCCUGAACCCAGGUACCUGGAGAAUGUAGGCCAAAGAGUUGUGGGUGGAGAGGUGGCCAGGCCUAACUCAUGGCGCUGGCAGAUCUCACUACAAUAUUUGUCUGGCAGUUCUUACUACCACACCUGUGGUGGAACUCUGAUCAGAACUCGAUGGGUUAUGACUGCUGCUCACUGUGUUGACACGCAGAGAACAUGGCGUGUUGUUCUGGGAGACCAUGACAUUUACAACCAUGAAGGCACAGAGCAGUACAUGAGUGUCAGCGCUGUCCACAUUCACCCUCAAUGGAACCGAAACAAUGUUGCUGGAGGGUAUGACAUCGCUCUGCUGCGUUUGUCAUCUGAUGCCUCCCUGAACUCCUAUGUGCAGCUGGCAACUCUGCCUCCCUCGGGUCAGGUCCUGCCCAACAACAACCCCUGUUACAUCACAGGCUGGGGAAGGACUCAAACUGGCGGUCAGCUCUCUGCUAAGCUGAAACAGGCCUACAUGCCUGUGGUGGACUAUCAGACGUGUUCAAGCAGCAGCUGGUGGGGCAGCACGGUCAAGAGCUCCAUGGUGUGCGCUGGAGGCUACAAUGAUUCCGGUUGCCAGGGUGACUCUGGCGGCCCCCUGAACUGCCAAGUUAGUGGGCAGUAUGUAGUCCAUGGAGUUACCAGCUUUGUGUCAUCUCAGGGAUGCAAUACGUAUAGGAAACCCACCGUCUUUACUCGUGUCUCAGCCUACAGUAGCUGGAUCAGUGGUAUUAUUGGAUAAACUGGAUGGAUACUUUGAAGCCUGAGUGACAUCUGAUACACAUCACCUAUGUUCACAAGCAACGGACUACUAAAAUCCAAUAAACUCUGUAUCUGUUAAAGUUA